AAAUUCCUCUUCGAGAGCUUCCUCCAACUCCAGAGGGUCGCUACGUUAUAAGGAAGAAAUCUGUAGGCCAAAUUUGUACUCAAUUACAGAAGAUAGACAAGUCAAAUGGUCAAAUUUUAAUACAUGGUAUGGCUGGUAGUGGUAAAACAACAACUGUUUGCCAGUCUGUUAGACAAGCUAUUGCUGAUAUGGGCUUAUUUAAAUCAAAUGGCUGUUACUGGAUGAAAAUUGCAAAUAGCCGACUAUCCGAGACGCUAUUUAUUUUUGACGAUAUCUGGAAAAAGGAUCAUUACAAAUACUUAUCUUUUGCCAAGAAGUCAAUCUCUACUUCACGAUUUAAGUAUCGUGAAAAUGAGCUCGACCAUCACUGCAUCCGUUUACAGGAAAAUCUAACGUAUGAUGAAGCUAUAGAACUGCUUGCGUUACUUGCCGUUAACGAUAAUGCUCGGACAUUGCUAAAAAGUUCAGUUGUCGAGAAAGUUAUCGACAGUUGUCAAGGUUUACCAUUAGCUAUCACUUUAAUUGGCCAUCUUGGUUUAGAAACUGAGAAAGAAUGGAAUCGAGCAAAGGGUAUCAUUGCCAAAAAGUCUGCAGAUAUUGAAUUAGCUCAUUACGGUUUCAAUCUAUACGGGACUUUACAAUUAAGUGUUGAUUCUUUGGAAAAUGAGAAUAAACAAUUAUUUGAGCAACUAGCUGUAUUUAAGCGAGUCAGUAUUCCUAUUCAAUCUGUUGCAUCGUUAUGGAACUACGAUGUAAUCGAAGCUCGUCCUCUCGUAAAGAAAAUGCAUAACAAAUCAUUACUUACAUAUGAUGAAGAAAAUCAAUCGGCAUUUACUAUUUUCCUCUUCCCAUCUCAAGCGAUCUACGAAUCAAUCGGUAAGAAUGUAAGGGAUAAGUCUAUAUCAGUUUCGAAUCCCGAGUUUGAACCUUUGCGAAUAAUUGGUACUCAAAACAAUGCUAAAGAAGACUGCCAAAUUGUGAUUAAAGAUUAUCAAACAUCACAAACUGUGCUUGGAAUAUCAAAACCAAGCAUGGAUAUUGAAGAAGUUGAAAUCUCAGCUGACGGCCGGACUGCAGCCUUCAAGCAAAUUGGGAAAAAGGACAAGUGGAUCGUUUACGAUGUCGAUAAAAAUAAAGAAAUAUGCUUUGCCGGAAACGAUCAAGGGAACACUGACUUUGUUUCCGUACAAUUUUGCCCUGGUCAAUCUGAAACCCAAGUUAUUAUGACACUCUCUGAAGAUUUCCGUGAAGUUAAGAUUUGGAAGAUUGAGGGGAAUUGCAUUACAUCUGCAAAUAAGAAAAUAUCAUGUGAAUACGACAUAGAAUAUUGUCGAUGGGUACGAAUGCAAGAUAGUGUUUGUGUCUUGUUGUGGUGGAGAAAAUAUCGAAGUCGAGGGGAGUAUAAAGACUAUGUACCUGACGAUCCGGAAGAGUGGAUUAAUGAAUGUCAAAUUGAAAUGUGGAAUGCUCAGGAAUGGACUCGUCGAUCAUUCAAAGUACCUGCUUUCAUCGAUGCAAGGGAUGAAAGCAGGAAAUGGUACUUUGCUACCAAUGAAUUUCAACGUGGAUUGCCCUUAACGCACAUCAACAUCUACCGUGAUGAAACCUAUAUGAUAUUGUCAUACACCAGAAUUCUUAGAAGUACUGUUGGUCUGUUAAAAAUGGAAGAACGUAUCGAAUUUGAAAAUCAAUUUCGGCCAAUAUUACAUGAUAUGCUCCCUGACAAUAUUUUGGUAUCAGGCGAUCAGCCAAUGAUCACUAUUGACUGUACCAGUAGGAAACUCAUACUCAAAAUGAGUGGUGAUCAAGUCCAAUCUCGUGUUGAACUUGAUCAAUCUGGUCGAUCAAUGUUUAUUCCUGGUAGUAAUCGAUUGCUUAUUUAUCAUGCACGUAAUGUAUAUGAAUAUAAUUUACAAGGCGAUAAAAUUGCUUGGCGAGGUACCUCUCAAACACAAUCAUUUGAUCUUGAUAGACCCCAACGUAACCCCCAAACUGCCAUCAACAAUUUCGACCUGAUCGAGCGUCUAGGUAUAGAAGAUUAUGGAGAGUACAGGGAAUCAAUCAAUAGAAUACUUGAAGAAGAAUCGACUGCUAAAGAUAGGAUACGCUUCAGAUAUAGAAAGAAGGAUAACACACUCAUUCUCAUGGACAUAUUCUCCUCAUUCAAUAGCUGGAUAAUAACUAUUAACCUUACAACCGGAAUGAAGAGCGUUGAUCGACUGACAUGGAGUCAUCUAGUUGGUGUUGUGUAUGUUGAUGAUGAUUAUCUUUAUGUUUGGGAAAGAAAGGAAGAUGAUAGCUUGAAAUGUUACAAGUUUGGGGAUGGUGAAUAUCAAUUACUGCAAAACAUACCAUACCAAUGGGAGGAAGGAUUAAUCUGUAAAAUAAUGAUGAAUUAUAACCCUCAUAAGAUUGAACAUUCGCCUCUUCGGAUGAAGAAAGAAAAAUUAGUUGAUGUAUGGGGAGAGAAAGAUGCCGAAAUGAUUGCUAAUGUAUUAGCAAUGAUACUCAACCUAGAAGAAAAUAAAAAUUUACGCAUGAAAAGAUACAAAGACAAUAUCAAAUACUUCGAUAAUUUCGAAACACAAUUCUUCGACCAUGAAAAUCUAUGGUCGGACAAGCAGUUAAUCCUGUAUGAAAAUAGUUUCCAUCAAUGUAGUUUUAAUAUUUAUAACCCCCAAACACUACAGCUACAAAUCACUCUACCAUUUCAACCACACGAUCACUUCUUCAUAGAGGACAUGCAAUGGAAUCUUCAACACUCUGAACUCAUCAUCAAGGGUGAUAUGGAUUACUGCUUAGUAACCCACGUGAAAUAG